UCGGGCAUGAAGCUAUAGGCCUACAAAUCAAGUGAGGUGACUGUACCUCAGUUUUCAUUCGGUUAUCAGGAUUUGGAACUAGAAUCAACAGAGAGCAAACAUGUGAUUCGUGACCGAAGCAAGCAAUGACAAUGUUAUAGCUUCGAUACUGCCCCUAUUCGGCAAGAAAAUAAACGGCAAUGUUUUUGACGUUGUUUCGCGGGGAUUAUGCUACUAUUCUCGGUUUUGAAAGGGAGAGAGCCAGGCAUCACAGCGCGGCACUAGAGAAGCCGGAGGUUAAUCACGUUUUCAGCACCUAGACAGCUCCUUGUGGAAGAGGUCUAUAUUCGGCAGCAAGGAGUCCCUUCUACGAUCGCGGGGGAAGCCCUCAACCCUCACUAGCAAAUUUGGAGCGGUGUAGCCAACAACACACACAACGUUCUGACCUUUCUUCCUCCACUCUCCAACGAUGCCGGUUAUUUGGUGGUCAGUCAGGGACACUUAAUAUAAUCUUGCUGAACGACGAUGGUGCUUGCAUUUCGGCUCCAGUCUUUUCGUUUUGCACAGGAUUCUAAGCAGCAGCAGGGGUGCUUGUCCAAUGUAAAAGUGCUAAGGAAGGCAGCAGCCUACACAUCGCCACGAGCUUGGAGUACGAGCCUCACUCACGCUGAUCAUCACAUAGGGAGACAUUACCACGAGCACGCGGCCAACGGGAGGCUCGAUUAGACUGUCAACAAUGUAAAUCAAGACAGGUUCAACAUGAGUCCAGCAAAGUAUAUCUGGUGUGGUGAUCUCAGAAGAGAGGCAUAGCCUGACUGAGAACUGAGUGAAGAUCAUAGCCUCCUCCUCUUCCUCUCUCCAUCACCAUCCACCAACAUGGCUAACCCUCAUGACGUGGUGGAGCAGCAGGCUGGAGGCCUAUCAGACCUGGAGAUCAUCUCCCAGCCAGACCCAGUGGAGGAGCAUGGUGUGCAGGAGAUGAACCCUUCCUGCAUGGCUCCUGUCCAGCUGGUCAGCUUCGGCUACAGGGACCUUCCUCUGGCCCACCUGGACCUCUCCCUGGCCGGAUCACAGCUCCUCUCUAACCUGGAUGAGGACGACAACAGGGAAGGGUGA